GGGUGACCUCGACGGCGACGCAGAUGACCUGGACGAUGACAUGAUGGACAAGAUCUCGAGCUCGCCCUCGAUUGAAGAUGGUGGGUGCUGUCCUGUUGUUACCCCCGUGGCCUGGCCGCGUCGGGUUUCUUCCCUUUCCGCGCUUCGAACCGCUACCCCCAUUACCACCGGCUCAAGUGGCCCAAGACCUCCUUCCCCAUACCCGGAUGCCUUCCAGCUCCACCCCAGUCACAGCACAUAUGCACAGCUUCCACGGGCGCUACCCGUCACGCCCAAUCAUCAUCGUCUUCGUCGUGAGUAUGUCGAAUGCGAUUCCAUCGAAACCGAAACGAAUGCCGAACCCCACAAAUACCUUGACGCCGAGCGUAGCAUUGGAGAUAAAACGGAUGGGAAGAAGGAAGAAGCCUAGGGAUCUUCUACCAGAGGACCCAAAGUACUCAAGAGAAAGGAAUCAGUCAUUUGGGACAGGAAUAGGGACCAAGACACUUCCAAUCAGUGUGGCGACAUCUCGGAACAACCCGACAUCACUGAAAACGAGCCGCCCGAGCAAGACGAACCCGCCAUACUCGCCGUUAACGAUGACGACAUGUCGCUUACGAUCCCCUACGAAGAAUCCUUCGAAGAUGAUGAUGACUCUAACCUCUCCUUCCCUGACGACACAAGAUUCAUUGAUUCUGGCUGGGCGGCCGAAUGCUUACAAGACACAGAGGACAUCGACUUCGAAUUCGUGUACGCGCUACACACCUUCGUCGCUACAGUUGAAGGUCAAGC